AUGGCGCCUGUCAAUAAUGCGGAUCACAAUAUCGUAGCGAACCAAAUCAAAAAUGUCAUUCAAGACUUGUACGAGAUAAUGGUACAAACGCAUAACUAUGACAAUGCCGGACGACCCUCUCGCGAAACGCUGGAAAAAUCGCUCCUGCAACUCUCAAAUUCCCUACAAACGGUUUCCCGCACCACUAUUCCCGCCGGUCCCCCAACUGGAAAUCCCCAAAUCGAUAGGGUAGCGGGAAAAGGCACAAACCUCGCAUGGAUUCCAGGGGAUGUAAUACAUUAUGUGGAUAACGGCAGGAAUCCGGAUAUUUAUACGAGAGAGUUUAUUGAGUUGGCGAGGAAAAAUAAUCAAUUGAUGAGGGGAAAGAUGCAAGCGUUUGGGGAUUUUAGGGAUGUGCUUGCUGGGGAGAUGGAGAAGGUGUUUCCGGAGUUGGGGGAGGAUAUUAAGAUGGUUAUGGAGGCUACUAUUGAUGAUACUGAGGGAAAGUAG